AUCAGUGGUAUCCUCCCACCCUCUGGUCCCAGCUGGCAAAGCAACAGAGCCUCGUCCUGACUGCUGGGCUGGGCGGGGUGAAGGGCUCCGUGCUCUGCCCAUUGUGCCUGGUGCGCACGCCGCCACUGCACGGGCGCCGGGUGAGUCCCAGUGCUCGGCAGCAGCAGAACUGAGGUGGAGGAGAUGGCGUCCCAGCCGCCGCCUCCCCCCAAGCCCUGGGAGACCCGCCGAAUUCCUGGGGCCGGGCCGGGAUCAGGACCCGGCCCCGCUUUUCAAUCUGCUGAUUUGGGUCCUACUUUACUGACAAGACCUGGACAACCAGCACUUACCAGAGUGCCCCCACCUAUUCUUCCACGGCCAUCACAGCAGACAGGAAGUAAUCCGAACACUUUCAGACCAGCUUACAGCUCAUUUUCUUCAGGAUAUGGUGCCUAUGGAAAUUCAUUUUAUGGAACCUAUAGCCCUUAUAAUUAUGGAUAUAAUGGGUUAAACUAUAACCGCCUCCGUUUAGAUGAUCUUCCGCCUAGUAGAUUCGUUCAGCAAGCUGAAGAAAGCAGCAGAGGUGCAUUUCAAUCCAUUGAAAGUAUUGUACAUGCAUUUGCUUCUGUCAGUAUGAUGAUGGAUGCUACCUUUUCAGCUGUGUAUAAUAGUUUUAGGGCUGUAUUGGAUGUAGCAAAUCAUUUUUCCCGAUUAAAAAUACACUUCACAAAGGUUUUUUCAGCUUUUGCAUUAUUUAGGACUAUAAGGUAUCUUUAUAGACGGUUACAGUGGAUGCUAGGUUUAAGAAGAGGCUCUGAGAAUGAGGACCUGUGGGCAGAAAGUGAAGGAACUGUGGCUAUGCUUGGUGCGGAGGACAGAGCAGCUAACUCAGCAAAAUCUUGGCCAAUAUUCUUAUUCUUUGCUGUUAUCCUUGGUGGUCCUUACCUCAUCUGGAAACUGCUCUCUACCAACGGUGAUGAAAUAACAGACAAUACCAACUGGGCAAGUGGUGAGGAUGACCAUGUAGUUGCUAGAGCAGAAUAUGAUUUUGCUGCUGUAUCUGAAGAAGAAAUUUCUUUUCAUGCUGGUGAUAUGCUGAACUUAGCUCUCAAAGAACAGCAACCCAGAGUGCGUGGUUGGCUUCUGGCUAGUCUUGAUGGUCAAACAACAGGACUUAUACCUGCUAAUUAUGUCAAAAUUCUUGGUAAAAGAAGAGGUAGGAAAACACUGGAAUCCAGUAAAAUUUCCACACAGCAACAGUCUUUGACCAAUACAACACUAAUUAAAGGAGCCACAGCUGCCGAUUCUUUGGAUGAACAGGAAGCUGCCUUUGAAUCUGUCUUUGUUGAAACUAGUAAGGUUCCAGUUGCACCUGAUCCCACUGGGACAAGUGGAGAUAAAUAAGAUCUUUGAUAUCUUUCAUGUUUGCCUGCAGUUGAACUGUAGAGUACUUUUUUAAAAAUUACUUCUUACAGAGAAAUUAUUCUACAGUCCUGUGAAAACAUUUAUUAAUUGCUAUUCCAGGUGUUUUGCUGCUAGAAAUUGUUAAAGUUGUACACUAGUAUGUUGAUCUAGCGACCUGGUCACAUUUUAUAAGUGAUUGGACCACAAGGAUGUUUAUUUCACCCAGAUUUUAACAUUAUGGAAACUGGUAUCAUUUUCAUCUUAUUAAAACCCUAUGUUUAUUGAAGGAGUAAAGAGUGAUGAACUACAGAAUAUACUGUUUGCUAAGUAGAAAUUAUUAAUGCUUUUUAAAAUUCUACAUUACUUACAUUGGAAUCCUCAGGAAUUGAGUGCUACCAUGUGAGAACAGGAAAAAAGGCUAAUUUUUUUACAACUUAUAUUGAAUAAUAAAAAUUUUCUGGAUCUGUAUUACAUUCAGUCUUGGGUUGUUUUAGGCAAUAAUGUUUUUGCCCACUAACAAUUGGUACCAUCAUCUUUUAUUGUAUUUUCAAAAAUAUCUUGAAAAGGUUGCUAGAAGCAUAGGGAGAGAGAUGGUUCUAGAGUGAUAUUUAGCUUUCAUAGUUUUUUCCCUGCUAAUAAAAAGGCUGACACUUAUCUUUCUUACAGAUUAUUUCAUUUCUUCUGAGGAUCAAAGAACUUUUUCUUCUUUGGAAUAUGACUAGUUUUCGUCCUGUGUAAAACAGGAUAUAGGAAAGAUUUACUUUUCUUUUUCUCCAACCAGACUUAAGUCCUUUGAGUUUGUGUUUAAUGAUAUAAUCAGUUCUAGCAGUAAUGAUUUAAAAUCUUCCCAUAGAUUCUCUGCUUCUAACUAGCAAAAUUACUUUUUAGAAAUCCAUAUUCAGGCUAUGCAUUGAAAAUAUACAUUUUUUAGGUUUAGUUUUUACUAACCUGAAUUAUCAUUUAGCAUAUGAUAAUGCUAUGUGACUUGUUUUUUGUUUAAUAAUGAUUUUAAAUGCAGUUAAAUUUCAGUACACUGAAUAUUUCCACAAAAGAAUUGGAAAAUUUGUAUACUUGCUGUGAUCAUACUGCAAAGUAAUGCUGUCAGGAGUACAGGUAUACAAGAAUAUAUUCACAGGUAUUGCUGAAAACUUGCAGUUUUUUAAUAGAGAUUUUGAUUUAGUAUUUUUAUCUUUCUUUUUAUAGAUUUUAUGUUAACCAAAUAAGUAAUUCUAGAACAGUUCUGGCCAAAACAUAUAGGAACCAAAUAUGUACUCAGCAUAGAACUUUACUAAAAGCUUCUUGGGAACCUCUCUUUUGAAAUGACAAUAUAAUGAGUAACAUAUUUAAAAUACAAAUGUUGACCCUAUACAGAAAAAAGUAAAAAUAUAGCAAAGUUUACAUAUCUUAAGUAUGUUUUCUUCUAACACCCAGGUAUUAGUUAACCUUUAAGUUGAGAUAAAGUUUCCUGUAUAUUAUUUUCCACUUUUGUUCUACAAUUAGAGGUUCUGCUGUGUUUUGUUACAGAGUAAUCUAUGGAGAUUUUGUUCUUGAAACAAAUUUUUUAAGUUUGGUGUUGAGACAUCUGAAUUGAAUGCUGAGUGAAGUGUACAGGUGAAAUGUUGAUUGAGUCAGUGCUAUUUAAGUUAGAAAAGAUAAGUCUUUACAGUAGAAUUUGUGACUGAUAUUAAAGAUGUAUAGGGAGAAGAGUAUAGCACAGAACCAAUAACAAGAAUAAUUUCACUUGUCUUAGGAUGUUUAUUUUUCAGUUAAGUAUGCUGAAUUGCAAUAUAUAUUAUCUGACUGGUAACUAUGGGUAUGAAAAUUCCUUUUCUAUUAAAAUCUGGAAAAGGAAUUUAGGAUUCGAAUAAGAGGAAUUUUAUAAUCAUUUUUUAUUAUGACAGUUUUGCUGUACUUUUUUAGAUGACAUGAAAUGUAAUGUUCAAGGCUUCAAUAUUGUUAUUUUUAGGAACUUACUUAAGAAGUAGUACUUUACAGAAAUUACUAACUUAAACCAAAACAUUUUCAAAUAAAAUAAUAAAUCACAAGUUACAAUAAGAAAACAGGUUUUAUUUACUAAUUUUUUCUGAUUUUAUUUUGUCGGUUUAGAAAGGAAAAAGUAAGAGGACUGUAAAUUUUCAUGUUUUAACAUUUUAUUUAUAUGGGUAUACUUGAUUUAAUCUGUCAGUGUAUCAUAAUUAUACAUUUACUUUAAUAUAACUGUCCUUCAUCUUGUGCUUUAAUGGAAAAAAGAACAUAAAUUGAAUGCAGUUAAAUUUUAUUUUUAAAAGUUACCCUUAUUGGGCAAAUAAAAAUACAUUAAACUUGAUUGAUGUUCUUUGAAGAUAAAACUGUUAAUUCUUUUUGCAGGAUUGGAAUUGAUAUAAAAAGUUUCUUUUUUUUUAUUUCAUUGUAUGUAUUAACUGCAAACCAGUGUGUCUGUUUUGUUUCCUUGUGAGUUAAAGAAAAGUAUUAAAUUUACAUUUAUAUAUAAAUUAUCAAGAAGGUAAGUUAAAUAAAAAUAAGACCACAAAUCUAGGUUUUGGAAUCUAAUCUGGACACCACUACUACUUACUAUAAGAUUUAACUUGCAUGAGUUUUAGUUUCCUCAUUGAUAAUGUUGAGCAUAGCUACAUCUGCCUCAAAUGAGAGAGCUUUUUUUCACAAAUAGGAUUUUUUAUUUGUCACCAUUAAUCUUAAUUUUAAACAGAUGCUUGAACUGAAAGCUCAUUAUCUAUCAGCUUGUUCAAUGUUAGCACUUGUCUCGUCACCCAUAGCUUUUCCAGAACUGCUACAUUCAUUGUGAAGUUCUGUGAAUUUUCCCAGUUCAAACUUGAGCUUCUUUAUUUUUUAGCAUUUGGCUUUUCUAACAAAGACAUGAUGGAAUGGUUAAAUAGAUCGGCAAGCCUUUUCUGUGUCUUUUCCAGUGCUAUCUGGAAUCAAUUUAUUGACCACUUCUUUAACGUCAUUUGUUUGUACCUCUCAGGUCAUUGCCAUAAUCUUUUUCUAGGUUUGGUGGACCUGUUGAUGCUGAGCAUAAGAGGUUUUCAGAAUCUAAUUGUUGCAUUUUUUUUAGUAAAACCAGCAUAGAACUGAUGAAGCAAAUACCCAUCAAUAAUCUUGAUAUCAAUCAACAUGAGUUUAAUUCAUGACCUGCCAUAUUUUGACCAUGGAGCACAUUUUGUCAUGGGUAAGAUCCAUGCCAUGGAAAUUAGGCAGUGUUUGUGCUGAAUGUCAUCAGUAAUUACCUCGGAUUUUCUAUAUGCAACUACAUCAUUCUGCAGAUCAGCUAGGCUCACCUUAAAAACACAACCCUUGAGACCAUCAGAGUGUGAUUUUGGUUUCUUGUGUUCUCAUGACUAGUGUUUUUCCAGUAUUUCUCAUAUUGAGCAUAGCUGGUACUUUCAUAUUAUACCAAUCUUUCAUAGAAAAUGGGUUGACCAUUUUUUUCUUGGCUUUUGUAAGGUACUUGUUCUUGUCAACCACCGUAUGCUAUUCAGAUUGCCAAAAGGGAGGAAAUUGAGAGUGUUUUUUAAAAAUAUAAAGCACAGGCUGGGAUGGGAGAAAUAGACAAAAAAUGUACUUGAAAAUAAAAUUAAAAUAAAAAAAAAAAGAAAGGCAUAAUGUCCCUGGAAACAUAGUGUUUUCACCUAUGCUUUUGAAGUAUUUUUCUAAAAUGUCACUUUUGGGUCUGGUUCUUUUCAAAGACUAGGUAAAUGAACUUGCUGUCCGACAAUCAGUGAAGAACCAGGCACCAAUACAUCCUUAUCAAAAAAAAUAAUAAAAAUAAAAAUAUAAAGCACAAUCCAUAGUUCCAGCCAAUAUGGGGGCAUAGGUGGAUACACUGUGCCUCCUCACACAACCAAAAGAAGGACCACAAAAAUUUAAAAACAAAAAACAGCCAGAACUGACAGAAAGUUGAACUGUAUGGAAGUCCAACAACCAAGGAGUUAAAGAAUAAACAUUCAUCCAGACGGGUAGGAGGGGUGAAGAAGGGCAGCCAGGCAGAGAGGACUUGUGGCAAGGCAGUGUGUGAAGGACACGGCAAGGUGGCAGCUGGUGGAGGUGGUGGUCCCACAUUCACGUUCAGAUAAACUGGGAGGAACAACUGGUGAGUAAGACAGACCAUGCAACCGAGGGCUUCAGUGCCGGGAAAUAAAGCAUUAAACCUCUAGUUGAAAACACUGGUGGGAGUUGAGGCAGCAGUGGGAAAAACUCCCAGCCUCACACGAGAGUUUGUUGGAGAGCCCCACAGGGUCCUAAAAUGUACACAAGCCAAUCCACCAGGAAACAGCACCAGAAGGGCCUAAUUUCAUUGUGGGUACUGGGGGAAGUGACUGAAAACCAGCAAAGAGCAGAGCAAGCACCACUGUUCUUUCUCAGACUCCUCCCCAACAUACAGUGCCACAACACAGUAAUGUAAAUUGCCUCACCCUGGUAAACACCUAAGGCUCUGCCCCUUAUGUGUAGCAAGCUCACCAAAACAAAAAAUGGCCCAAAUGAAAGAACAGAUCAGAGCUCCAGAAAAAAUACAACUAAGCGAUGAAGAGAUAGCCAACCUAUCAGGUGCACAGUUCAAAACACUGGUAAUCACCAUGCUCACAGAAUUGGUUGAAUAUGCUUGCAAACUAGAUGAGAAAGUGAAGGCUAUGCUAAGUGAAAUAAAGGAAAAUAUACAGGGAGCCAACAAAGAUGAGAAGGAAACUGGGACUCAAAUCAAUGGAGUGGACCAGAAAAAAGAAACAUUCAACCAGAAAAGAGUGGAGAAACAAGAAUUUAAAGUUGGACCCAAGAAGGAACACACCAAGGCACAUCAGAAUUACAUUAGCCAAGACUAAAGAGGAGAGGAUCUUAAAAGCAUCAAGAAAAAAGGAGACAGUUCCUACAAAGGAGUUCCCAUCAGACUGUCAGCUGAUUUCUCAAAAGAGACUUUGCAGGCAAGAAGGGGCUGGAAAGAAGUAUUCCAAGUCAUGAAAGGCAAGCACCUACAUCCAAGAUUACUCUAUCCAGCAAUGCUUCCUUUUAGAAUGGAAGGGCAGAUAAAGUGCUUCUCAGAUAAGAUUAAAUUCAAGGAGUUGAUCAUCACCAAGCCCUUAUUAUAUGAAAUGUUAAAGGGAUUUAUCUAAGAAAAAGAAGAUAAAAAUAUGAAUACCAAAAUGACAACAAACUCACAGUUAUUAAACACUACACCCAAAACAAACAGCAAACAACUAGAAGAGGAACAGAAUCACAGAAAUGGAGAUCACAUGGAGGGUUAGCAACAGGGGAAUUGGGAGGAGGAGA